UCCAGAGGGGAGACUAUGGCAACUCACAAAACUUAAUUUCUCCAUAGAUCAAGCCAGACGGCUAAGUACAACAGAGUAGGUAAGACCAUUUAGAGUGUGUAAAAAGCAAAUGUGACAAGAAAGUGUUUGUUUGGAUUUGUUGAGGUGACGAUCUGUUGAGGGGAACUGUCUACUUCUGUGGUAAAUGACUUGGUAUAAAAAUGCCCAGGACUCAAUUUGGCACGGAGAACGCCCUGCUGUGGCUGGUCUGCUGCUCUAUCCUGACAAGAAGGAGAAGAUGGAGACCACAAGCGAGAGUGCUUUCUGUCCGAGACCUGUCGCAGAGAGGCAGCAGAGGACAGAGAAGAAGAACAUGCUUCAGUCCAGCAUCCAGCUUGAAGGUGAGCACAGCUUCACGACAACUCACCGUGAGGAUUUCCGGGUCGAGGACUUCCAGCCGUAUUCACCUCUAGCGUUACGGCAGAAAACGCCAAGAUGGGAGAGGAGAGGCAUGACAAAGGAAAUGGAGCAUGUCACCUUUUAUCAGCAGGACUUUCCACCCCCUCUGCACACACUUCGAAAGGCAACCCCUGCGGUUCCCCACCCUGAUAACCUUGGCAUAAACCCCUCUCUCAGGGGUGAGUUCCUAACGAUCCAAAAGGAGACUUACCCUGGUUGGGCCGUAACGGAGGCCAGCAGACCAAACCAGAGGCACAUACUCAGUCCUGGCACUCCACCUCCUGGUGGACAUGAGGUCAAGACACCCGCUCGGACAGAAGAGAAUAUUCCACACACAGGAUCGAAGGCUCCACAGAGCAAAACUGUCAGUGUGCAAACAUGAAAAAAAGGGUUAUUUGCAUAGGUGACUUCUAACAAAAUUGACAUUAGCAAUGUAUAAAUUGAAAAGCACAUUAGAAUAAAUUAUUAUAAAACUACA